AUUAAUCCAUUCAUCUCUAUCACCCUACUAACAACUCUUAUCCUAAGCACAACAAUUGUCACCAUUAGCUCCCAUUGAUUAUUCGCCUGAAUCGGACUAGAAAUAAACAUAAUAGCCAUCAUUCCUAUCAUAAUGAAAAAACCCAACCCCCGAGCCACAGAAGCCUCAGCCAAAUAUUUCCUAACACAAGCCACAGCAUCCUCAUUACUUAUACUAGCAAUUAUCAUUAACCUAAUACACUCCAGCCAAUGAACUAUCAUAAAAUUAUUCGACCCGACAGCAUCUAUUCUAAUAACAAUAGCCCUAGCCAUUAAACUAGGAUUAUCCCCCUUCCACUUCUGAGUGCCGGAAGUUACACAAGGUAUUCCCUUAAGCACAGGACUAAUCCUGCUUACGUGACAAAAACUCGCACCUAUCUCAAUCCUUUACCAAAUUUCACCAUCAAUCAACCUGCACCUGAUAAUUACCAUAUCCUUUCUAUCAAUUCUGAUCGGAGGUUGAGGUGGACUAAACCAAACACAACUCCGAAAAAUCAUAGCCUAUUCAUCAAUUGCCCAUAUAGGAUGAAUAACCACUAUCUUACUAUAUAAUCCAGCCCUCACCCUACUAAACCUAUUAAUUUACAUUAUCAUAAACUUCACUAUAUUUAUGUUACUUAUCCAAAACUCCACUACCACCACAUUACUACUAUCCCAAACAUGAAAUACAAUACCAGUUAUAACAACUUUUACUAUACUCACCCUACUCUCCAUAGGAGGACUUCCUCCACUUACAGGCUUUAUACCUAAAUGAAUAAUUAUUCAAGAACUAACAAAAAACGAUACCCUUAUCCUGCCUAUCCUCAUGGCCAUCACAGCUCUACUCAACCUAUAUUUCUAUAUACGCCUUACCUACUCCACAGCAUUAACCCUAUUCCCCACCACCAAUAAUAUAAAAAUAAAAUGGCAAUUCUACCCCACAAAACAAAUAACCCUUCUACCAACAGCAAUCGUACUAUCCACAAUACUCCUACCCCUCACACCAGCACUCUUUAUUUUACUAU